AUGUGCUUAGUGGCGCCUGCAGCUGAAGAUCCAUCGGCAGAAGCUUGUGAGGAUGCAGUCCUUCUUGGAGAUGGUCGUGAAAUUUGGCGCCUGGAGCCUUCUGGUCACUUAGUCUCGCAGGAUGGUCGCUGCCUGAUGGCGGAUAGCACUGGUGUCCGCCUAACAGGGCAAUGUGACACCGGCCCCGGCCAGGCCUGGCAGUUGCUGGGAACCAACCAGCUACAGCUCGACCAGGGUGCAGAAGGCAUGUGUUUGACGCUCUCUUCAAGCCCAUUGGUGGAUGUGGCGCAGGGACAAAGUGCCCAUGCCACGUCAAGCAUCGAUGCCUUUCACAGCGCCGAGCAAGCGGUGGAUGGCACGUCCUCCAGCUAUUGGGCAGCUGAUCCAGAGGACCAAGAGAAAAUUUUUUGGAUCUCCUUCCCCCAAACCAGGCUCAAGAUGUUGGACAUCAACUGGGAAUACCCUCCCGAUGCCUUUCAGGUGGAGUUGACCAAGGAUGGUGUCGACUGGGAACCUGCUUACGCCGUUGACAGCAACAUGUUGCAUGCUACUCGUUCGCGCAUCCCACUGAAGGGACAAGAAACUAUUGGCAUGAGGCUCCGCCUCCAUGCAUCAGACAAGCAAUUGGUUGGCAUUCGUACUCUUCAAACCUUUUCCUUGAACAAUUUGCCCGGCCUAGAGCCCUGUGAGACUCCAAAGAUGGCCAGGGACAAGUGGUUCUUAAGCAGCGUGACCCAAUUCGACCCAACGCAGCGCUUGCGGAAAGCUGACUAUCAGCUGAGUCAGUUGCCAGAGAAUCGGCAAAUUGAUGAGAGCUGGGUGGUUGAGAAGCCACCAGAGCGGUCAUCACCAGUGGUCUCUUUCCUGGAAUCUUUGACGCCUUCUGAGCUGAAGCCCUUGACCCAGUGGCGUCAACAACACCGACGAACCCUGGAAGGCUUCCUGUGUGCUGCAGCGUUCGUCCAGGAUGGCCAGGUUUACACCAACUGCACUGAUGCGCCCACGCCGCAGGGUGACUCUGGACGUGAAUGGUGCUACUUGGAUCCUCAACUUCAAGAUCUUCAAGUGGGCGAUGGGACGCCGUCAUGGGGAUACUGUGCGCGAGUGGUGGAUUACGACGCCCUACGCAAGCAGUGA